AUGAUGGCGUGGCAAACACGCAACAACAAUUCAACCAUCCCGGAGGCCGCGUGUUGGUACCAUGCUGAGUUGGAGGCUUCGAGCACGGAGUUUCUCAAUCUCAACCGGCCCGAAACUAGUCUUAUGUCUCCUUCGCCUGAUUUCUCAACUAUCACACGGAUAGCCACUGCUCAGCCUCCUUCAUACAACUGUCAGCUGCAACCUCCUUCUACGCCGGCUGCCUUCGGGGCUAUGCUGCUUCCCCUUCAUCCUUUUGCCUCAUAUCUAGACCCAAGCACCAUCAAGCGGUCCAUCGACAAUCUCAGCCCAAGGUCCGUUCCUACCCCGGCACUCGGCGCCGUGCCUGUACUCUCCCCAGCAAGCCCCUACGACGCUGGAUGUCCAAGUCCUUGGGAUGAUCUUCCAGUCUCGACUCCCAUAAUCAAAGAGACACCUCAGUCGGAUGAGACUAUCAAGGGACCUAGGCAGUCCAAAGGGACCUGUCGUCCCCGUCCUAGUGCAGCCAAAAUAAAGAACAACGAACAUUACGGAACCUGGAUAUGUCCAUGGAAGGACUGCAAACAGAACGGUCGUCCUUUUUCGCGCAAAGGUGUCCUCAAGCGGCACAUCGACACUCAGCAUGUCAAUCCACGGGCUUUCAAGUGUCCCCAUGCCCGGUGUACCCACGCUUCGAGUCGACGGGAGAAUUUGAAAGCUCAUAGACAAUCGAUUCACAAGGAAACACUAUAA